UAAUUCGUCCCCUUUGUUAUUAAUAUUGAGUAGUAGAGAACAGCGCACCAAUGGCUAUGUGGAAAUGAACCUUCUUAGACUAAUUUCAACAAGGCCCGCCCUGUUUCCGACAUUUGCCGAAUGUCGCCGAUGUGAUUUUCUUCCCUCAGAGCAAAAAUAAAAAAAAUCUCUGUUCUCCCGUUCGUCUCGCUGUGGAUCUGCCUGGGCUCUAAGAAAAGAAGUUCAGGGCUGAGGCCUGUUAAGCUUUCUGGCGUAACAUGGAAGAAAUUAUCGAAAUACUUUAUAUUUUUAUCUGGAAACAUCGUUUAAAUGGAUUAUUUUUGGAGCUAUUUUUAAAAUACGUUGACGUGUCUGUUUUUCAAUUUGCGCUUUUUUUGAUCUGUGGGACUUUGUUGCAAGCCUCGGACUCGCUUACUAGAGAUGGCUGGCCAGUGGAUUGGAUUUUUCGUAUGCUUUAUAGGAAAGUCUGGGCAAAGCCUUAAGUGUUCUUGUUCCACUCGUUUUUCAACGGAUUAAGACCAUUCUUAUUUAUACAUGUUCUUUGUGUGAUUUAUGUCAGAUGACUUUGUUCAACUAUUUUUAUGUUUUUAUAUUAUUGUUAAAAUGUGACAUUUCGUCGUAGGCCACGUUUCGAAAGCAGUCUGAACUCCCAUAAUUUUGGCGGUUGAAUAACAUUAUUUUGCCACUGAUUUUAUUACUCGAAAAUCUAAUAAUUAUUAGUCAUUACAAGCUAGUUGAUGAAAUUUUUAAAUAUCAACUCUCAAGUUUCUUUCUUAGCGAAAUAACUUACUAGUAAUCUGGUUAGCUAGGGUAAGACCGCAAACAACGACGGUAUGGUCCCUGCCGUUUGCUAAUUUUAUGUUAAAAUUAGUCAUUUAUUGUGUACAACUAUUGUUUCCUUAACAGCAAUAUAACGUAUGUUUAAGUGGUGGUAUGCUUCGAAUGUCAAAUAUGUAAGAUAAGGUAGCCGGAUGAUUUAACAUUAGCCAUGUACUAGACGGUACCUCACAAAACGUUGCUGCUUAGCAUUGCCGGCUACUUAUUAGCUAAUUAAACCCCUGGUUUCGUUAGCUAGCUUUUGUCUUUGUGUUAUGGCUCUAGUGUAUAGGGAUUUGUUUACAGUGGAAAUGGAGUACGCCCGUGUAUUGUAUUAUAACAUUACAUUAGAUUAGCCGAGAAAGCUUAUUUUAGCUAAUGUACGUAGUCCGUUAGCGCUCAACAUGGCGGUGUUUGACGAUAUUCUUCUUGUUGUGAAAGAGAAAGAUGGAGUCUGGAAUAUUCUUUUUGGUUAACUUGGUCGAACAAAGAGCUGCACAGUAGAAAAACAUAUUUGAGCUCCGUGGCAAAACGGAUGUGUGAGUAUUUUUGUUAUGGAAUUUACAAAGUGGUAGGAUAAUUAAGUGUCGAGACCGCUUUGAAAUGAGCUGUCCUGUGUUUUUCAGUAGUGUAAAUUCCUCAUCGGUGUCGAAUGUUGAAGCCAUUUUGCGUUGUAGUUGCAUGUGGAUCCGUUAUUUGAAGGCUAAGCUUGCUGUUUAGUCAGAAAGCUGUUUUAAACAGCUGGUGUUAACGUGGUUGUUACAGUACCAGCGUGACAUUGUUUUAUUGAUUAUUUCGAUUGCUUAAAGUUUAGUUAUUGAUCUUGUUCUCGGAGACUAGGAAUGUCAUUAGAUGGUUACACAAUAGAUUUAACUUGUACGGUUAGCCAUUGCUGUCCAAAAGCGAAGGGAAAUGGUAAUGGCCGGUCAGUGUUGUUGGUUGUUUAAAUGUCCAAAGAAAGACGGUAUUGUGUUAUUGUCAGGUCAAGAGAGCCACAAAUCACCAUUGUCCCAUUCAGGCAGGGUUAAGGUCCAGCAGAGCAAGGCAUCAUUCAAGCCCAGAAGGAAGGACUGAAGCCACAGCUGCAGUAUCCUCACGAAGUCACACCAUGGAGAACGCUCAGCAAGCACUGCAAAGAUAUUGCACAACCAUUUUUUUCAAUGCGGAAACAGGUCCCCCAAGGCUGACAGGCAUGCGCCCUCUACUGGUCUAAGCAGACGUGCGCAUACACAGACCAAGGGGGAGAGAGGGAGUGUGAGGGGAGAGAACACAUCGCAGCAGAGAUGCAGCAGGAGGUUUUCCGAGAUUUCGGGGGCUGGUCAUGGUGUCUGGUCAGAAGGCGUGGGACCCCAUCCAUGUGGGCCUUAUUCAGUCACAUCUGAGUGAACAGCACCUGGCCACUGGGCUAACCCCCCUCUGCAGCCUUACACAUAGUGCAGCUAAGGACGCCACAUAUCAGCAGAGUCAGCAGUCACCACCUUUGUCUUCUCCGCCACUGUCAUUUGUGGCUCAAGGCACCCUUCACCCAGUUCAGACUUCCUCACUGUUGCACCCGCCUGUCAAUUUGUACAGCUCAAACAAGAUCAAAGGACUACACAAACCAGUCUGCUGUCUUGGAUUGGCCUUUCAGCCUGAAAAAGAGGAGGAGGAAGGGGAAGCUGAGCAGUUGGAGAUGAAAGUUAAAAGGCAUGGAGGCCGAGGAGAGGCCAUGAUGGAUGACAGGCUGGAGGACAUGUCUGAUGGACCUAAAAAUGCAAAAAUCACCCUAAGCUUCCCACUUAGUGCCGCCCCUCUCCCAGCCUCUCUGACAUCCCCAAGCCAUGGUCGUAGCUCCUCCUCAUCCUCCCCUUCCCCCCACAGACGGCGCCCAUCCUCAAAGAGCUCAGAUGAGGGUUCACUGUGGAAACUGGAUGCUACCAUGGAUGUAAAGCACAGACCUUUUAAGCCCCCUAGGCAUGACAGCUCUCCGUCCUCUUCACCCUCUUCCUCCUCAUCUCCCAUGACUGUUCAUGCAGUUCUCAGAAAGGAUAUAAAAUCCCCGCCUCCUCUAAAGUGCUCCAAACUCAAUUCAGAGACUCAGUUUCCCAGGUCACCCCAAAGAUCCUCCAGCGGGUCUUUAGGGGGCUGUUAUGGUGGAAAUGGAUGGGAUGAGAGACACAGGGUGGCCAACGGCACAGCCUCGCCCUCUCAGACUGCCCAGAUCCUCUUCAGCCUGGGCACAUCGCCCUAUCAAAGAGGCGGGGAUGCAGAGAGGAGGGAGAAAAUAACAGGGAGACCUGCUGGGAAAGUGGGAAGCCCUCAUGGACCAAGUCUUCACCCACCCACCCUCCACCUCCCUCCCCCCUUACCAUCACCACCUCCGCCCCCAUCUGAGGGUCUUACCGCACCUCCUCACCCAUCCUCCUAUUCCCCUACUGACAGCUUGAAGCCUGAGCUGAUUUGCGGAGUGUGCCGUCGGCUUUUCAGCUCUGCCUCCUCCCUUACAGUCCACAUGCGGCUGCAUCGCGGUAGCCGUGCACUCAGUUGCCGUUACUGUGGCAAAGUCUUCAUCCACAGCAAGAGACUGCAGUCCCAUGAGGCCUCCUGCAGAGUGCCAAACCUACCCUCCAGUAGCCUGGGUCCUCCUUCUCUCACUCUACAGCCAAAAGAAGAGCCACUGGAGGAGGGUGAGGUGAGAGUGGAGGGGGGAGUGAUUGUAGGACAAACAGACAUCAGUAAGGCACGGCCAGGGAAGAAAGCACGGAGCCUCCUGGCACGCAUCCAAAGUGAUGAUGCAGCAGCCACAGAGCUACUGGCGGGCGAUGAGAACCAUUUUGUGAAGGUGGUAGAUGGCAAUGUCAUUUACUUCUGCUCUGUGUGUGAGCGUUCCUACAUGACUCUGUCUAGCCUGAAGCGUCACUCAAAUGUGCACUCCUGGCGCCGCAAAUAUCCAUGCCAUUACUGUGACAAAGUCUUUGCCCUGGCAGAGUACCGCACAAAGCACGAGGUGUGGCACACAGGAGAGCGGCGCUACCAGUGCAUCUUCUGCUGGGAUGCCUUUGCUACCUACUACAAUCUAAAAACACACCAGAAGACUAUCCAUGGGAUUAAUCCCAGCCUCAUUUCCAGUGAAAAGACAGCCAACGGGGGUUAUAAGCAGAAAGCUAAUGCCCUUAAGCUUUACCGCCUUCUUCCCAUGCGUUCCCAGAAGAGGCCCUACAAGACCUACAGUGACAGUUUGCAUAAUGGCCUGCUACUGCCAUCAACUGAAACACCUUCCCUCUCCCUGCCUGGCCUGGGCUGUGCUUUGGACCCUGGGGACAUACAAAGCUUCAUCAGUGGGGCCCACCCUCAGAGUGUAAAGCCUGACCCAGAUGCCUUCCCCAAUGGCUUCCCUGUUUCUGUGGCUGCUGAGCACAGGGACCUCUCCUCACUAACACCCCUCCCCCAGACAGACAUGCCCCAUGUUAGAAAACAUGAUAGUGAGACCCUAGAGUUAGAGCAGGGAAAAGUCAGUGGCAGCUUCAAAAUGUCCAGUAGCAACAAAACCAAAACUCUCAAGAAUGGUAGAGGCACAGAAACAAGUAUGCCCUCUGUGAUAACAUAUGGCCAUACAAAGCCCUCUGUCAUAGUUCAUGGAACAGCAUUAUCAUCCUCUGUCAUUGUGCAUAGCAACCAGGUCACCUCUGGAAGUGACAAAAACCCAGUGAGCAGCCCAUCCCCUGAAACCAGCAACAGUCAGACUUCACACAAGGGCAGCCCUAGGCCAAUUAAAAAGCAAAGGCAUAGUGCAGACAACCAUAGAAAGAGGUCCAGAGACAGUUCAGACACCACAGACGAGGGCUCGAGAGGUAGACAGGAUAUAGAGAAAGGCCGAUUAUUUCACAAAUCACACAAAUCCCAUAACAAGAGUGACAUCUUUAGCUCAAAGCAGCUGUCAGCAUCUCUAGGGUCACAGAUCAAAGAGGCCGGGCCACUGUGCCAGAUUACUGUACGUAUUGGUGAGGAAGCCAUAGUAAAACGUAGCAUCUCUGAGACAGACCUGAGGAGAGACAAGAACCUUUCUCCCCCAAAAACCAAACGGAGUGAAACAUCAUCAGUGCGAGAAGUCAAGCAACCACUGCACUUUCACUCCCACCACCAUCACCAUAAACACCGUCUCCACCACAGAGCCAGCAUGGAAGCAGAGGGGGAUAAGGAGGGAGGAGACUGUGAGGAGGAGGUCAGAAAAAAGAGCUCUAAAUCCCCCGAUGAAGCGAGGGAGUACUACUUCCGUCAGGGGGUGCGUGAGCAGGAGAGCGACCAUGACAUGGAGGAUAAUUUAUGGCGGCCUUACUACUCCUACAAGCCUAAGAGAAAGGCCCAAGCACAUCUACAGAGGGUCAAGAGCUGGCAGAGAAAACUGAAGUACAAGCGCUCCAUCCGGCUGAAAAGGAGGGCAGAGAGGCUCAAGAACCAUGUGAAUAAAGAACCAGAGAAAUCACUAGAUGAGGAAGAGGAUGGGAAUAUUAAGGAGGAUGAACAACUGUCUAAAGGUAACAGAGACAAGGGAGAGGGGAAAAAGAAAGAUGAUAUUUCUGCCCCUUUAAAGGAGCAAAACAAAGCUGCAGAAGGACAUAUUAAGGAGACCCGACAUGAGAUUUCUACCCCUCCUCUGCACUCUCCGAAGUCUCCUCUGUCUACCUCAGUGGCUCCUACAGGAAUAAAGCGGCGACCUUGGACCAAUGGGAAUGCAGCAGAGUGUGGUACAUGUGGCCGCUGGUUCUCAAGCCCCAGAAAGCGAGACAAACAUGAGCUGAGCCACCUGCUGGAGUUUGUAUGCCUCUUCUGCCGAGCCACUUUCCCCUUGAGGGAUAAAUUGGAAGACCACCAGAGAGCCCAGCAUCCCAAGCCAACUGAGGCACCCUCUGUACCCCCUAAGGUGGUGCUUGGUGACCACGUUGAAGGUGGCGGUGUAAAAUCUGUACCAGAAAUUGCAAAGUAUGAUGAAGAAAAGGGGGGGCAAGUGGGCUUAGUAGGGAGUAGCUCUAGUCCAAGUCGCCUGAGCAGAAGAGCAUUAUCACGACACACCUGUCCACAGUGUCACAAGGUGUGCAAGACAUCCUCAGCACUAACCCGCCAUAUCCGCCGCCAUGAGUUAUCCAGUUCACCAGAAAGAGAAAGGGAAGAUGAAGUUUCAGAGCCAAAAACAACAGAGACAGUUGUUAACACUGUUAGCAGAGACUUAGAGAGUGAAAAAGGGCAGGUUCCCAGUGCUCUUUCUGUUUCAGUUAUCAGCUAUUCAACAUCAGACCUGCCCAGCAGUGGUGAGUGUUUGGCAUCACAGCAGCAUGAAGACCAUCUCAGUGAACUGACAGAUAAACAUCAGAUGUCAGAAUCCAGUGACACACCUGAACUAACAGAGCUCACACAUCCAGCUCCAGAGAGAGAGCCCAGCCCACAAAUUGCAGAUCUUCCAUUAGACAGUCCAGUUAACCUUACACCCAGUAAACAAGAUUUCAUGCCUGCCACACCCUCUACUCUCCAGAGUGUGCUAGUCAUGAAUGGACCUGAAUGUCUGGACUACCGCACCCUCAGUAAAAAGAACACAGACAACCAGAUCCACAGAAUACCGAGUCCUGUGCACAUUGUGGCACCCACCAACCCCUCUCCCAGUGUGCCUGUGACGUUGCAGACCAGAAUAACUACUGCUGCUCCUUCUGUUUCCAUGACAACAACUCCCAACUCUGAGGGGGGGUUCGUGAAACGGGAUGGGGUCAUUAUGGACAGAGAGAGAAAGGGUGGGAGUGCUAUAUUUCUGCGUGCAAGUUAUGAGGAAGCACCUCUGGUCCAAGAUCUCAGAGUUCAGUCCCUGUCCAGGAGUCCCUCUCCCACUGAAGCACAAGACCUGACCAUGUCCUCUAUACUGGCGAGAGAAAGGGAGGUAGAGAGGCAGAGAGAGAAAGAGAGGGAGCUCAAGAGAGAGAGAGAAAGGGAGAGGGACAUGGAAAUAGAGAGAGAGAGAGAGAAAGAGCUAGAGAGGGCCAAGCAGAUGAGUCGAGUCACUCAUGCCCCAGAGGACCAGAUUGCUCUGUUGGUCCCUAAAGAGGAGCCCUUGAGUCCUCUGCCUUCCCCCAAAUAUAUCCCCACUCAAACCACUAUGAAUGGAUCCUCCUCACACAGGCACACUUCCAAGUCCCCCUGCCGGUCCCCAUCAACUAUUGGACUGUUAGCUCAAGCCAACCGCCAGGUUCACUCCAGUUCACAGGGACUCGACAGGCUGACACUGCCCAGUGGAGCAGCUGGUGCUGGUGACCGCCCCUCUGCCCACGCUCUGCUUCUCCCCCGAGCACCCCAACCACCUGAGCCGGAUCACCAGGACACUGUUUCUUCCAGAGAUUCUCGGCAGAGGGACGCCACCCCAUCGGGCUACCCUGCCCAGGAUUAUCCCCUACCCCUUACUGUGCCAGACAACUACCACUCUGGUAAGAAGCAGGAGGAAAACCUGCUCAUGUCCUCCUAUCCUGCUGGAGCUCUUCCCUUUGGCCCACUGGGAAAAGUGAUGGUCCCUAAUGGCGGGGGCCUGGCCCAGCUGCCCUUUUAUCCAGACCCCUACCCGCUUGGAGCUCUUCCCUGUGCCCCACUGGGAAAAGUGAGGGUCCCUAGUGGCGGGGACCUGGCCAAGCUGCCAUUUUAUCCAGACCCUUACCAGCUGCUCUAUGGGCCCCAGCUGCUAGCUUACCCUUAUAACCUGGCAGCUCUUCCUGUGACUCUGAAUAUGAUGGCACCUGGGGGGGAAAAGGUAGAGCCACUGCCUUUUCUCCCCACCAUCUUCAACUACGCAGCCACUGCUGCGCCCUAUAUGGGUGCAGCCCCUCACCCCCUUGUGGCCAAUCCCAGUCUCUACAGCAGCAGCAGUGGCAGCAGCAAGAAGCAACGAGACAGCAGCAGCAGCAAACCCUAGGACAAAAGAAGCACUAUAAGGAAUAUAUUUCAAAGGGGAUGGCCUGGCCUGUUUAGGAUGAGAGCAGGAGGGGUGCGUGCACACUGGGUCACUUGCACAGUGCCCUUGCCACUCUUUUAUUCAGUAGAGAUAAGAGCCAGGCAUUAAAUCAGGAGUAGGUGUUAAAGAUGGAGAAAGAGCAAAGAAACAGGGAGGAGAGUGCUGAUAUUAUAGUGACGUAUCAUUGCUCCCCUUUCUUUGCUCCUGCUCACCUUUCUCCAUGUUCCUCCUGUCUUGCUGUAGUGUGUCGUAGUUCUAGAGCUUGAUUAAUCUUCCUCUCUGACUCAUCAUAUUAUCUAUAAUAUAAGAAUAAGAACUGCUAACAGGGUGUGUGUUGUGUGAAAAAUUAGUUCAGUCUGCUUCCCUUUAUAGUCACCGCAUAACGAGGAUAAACGCUCUUCAGGGAAGGCUUGUGUGGGAUAAGGGAUGGGACAGAAGAGACUUUACUCGACACAGUUGGAGGUGGAGCAUUAAGCAACCCAGACCUUGUGUGUGUUUGUUUGUGGAAAUGAGGAUGCAGGUGUAUCCUUGUUGUUUAAACUGUCCAAGAAAGGUGUAUAUGAGUAUGUACAUGCACAUGUAUGUAUGGAUUUGUGCAUGCAGAGGUGGGUUUAAGCAGGCAUUACUGCAUAUAUGUGAAAGUGUGUUUGUGUGUGUGAAUGGCUAGAUUA